AUGGAGCGAGAGAUUCCGGAGGAGGUUCGUCGCCGACGAUUGUCGUACAAGAAGCGGGAUUCUUUCUACCACCAGAGCUGGGAAUCAUCAAUCAGAAGGCCGUCCCAUGUUUCCCCGAACCCUAGGGGUAACUGGGGCUCGAAAUGGGAAUUUUUGUUAUCCUGCGUUGGGCUCUCCGUCGGCAUCGGGAACGUGUGGCGGUUCCCGUACUUGGCUUAUCAAAAUGGCGGCGGAGCUUUUUUGAUCCCGUACUUGGUGAUGCUGAUACUGGCUGGUAAACCGAUUUACUUCAUGGAGCUCGCCUUUGGCCAAUUCGCGGGCGUUGGACCCUUGGCCAUUUGGAACUGCGUGCCAAUCGCGAAAGGCGUCGGCUGGGCAAUGGUGACAGUGUCGCUGAUCGUGUGUAUUUACUACAACGUGAUCAUGUCGUACACUAUGCACUACUUCGUGUCGUCGCUGUCUUCUGUUCUGCCGUGGUCAGUCUGCGAUCCGGCCUGGGCCGACAUGUCGACAUGCUUCGUCGACAUUGCCGACUACACGAACAGCAGCCGGGCCUCUAAUGGAACUGAACUGCAGCCAGCAAGUCAGCAAUACUGGGAGAGAUACGUGCUGAAUAUCAGCCCCGGGAUCGAGGAGAUGGGGACGGUCAAGUGGGAUUUGGCGCUGUGUCUUCUCGCAUCCUGGGUCAUAGUAGUCCUGUGCUUGGUCAAAGGCAUAAAAACAUCGGGGAAAGUCGUGUACUUUGCUGCCACAUUUCCGUAUGUUAUACUGCUGACGCUUCUUGUGACCGGCUUGCUCCAAAAGGGAGCCAUGAAAGGGGUUCUUUUCUUCGUCACUCCUUCCUUCGAAAAACUGCUCGACAUAAAUGUCUGGAGAGCAGCUGCUGGCCAAAUGUUCUUUUCCUUGAGUGUUUCCAUGGGCGGACUUAUCAUGUACUCCAGUUACAACGACUUCCAGAACAACGUAUACAGGGAUGCGAUGGUAGUGAGCGUGUUGGAUACAGCAACGAGCAUCAUCAGUGGGAUGGUGAUCUUUUCCAUCCUGGGAGCCAAAGCCGAAGAGCUGAACAUCCCGAUCGAUGACGUCGUGAAGGACGGGCCGGGUCUUGCGUUUAUUGCAUAUCCGGAAGCACUCCUUCGCCUGCCCUUCCCACAGCUUUGGACGGUAUUGUUCUUCCUCAUGCUCUUCAUCCUCGGACUGGAUAGCGAGUUCGCCUUAUUGGAGAACGCGCUGACGAGUUUGUCUGACGAGUUCGACUUCUUCCGUCGGAACAAGCUGGCUUUGACGAUCUUAUCUGCCCUUGUGUGCUACCUGCUCGGACUGCCUUGCGUGAUGAACGGAGGCGCAUAUUUGCUGACGCUGAUGGAUGCAUACGGAGGAGGAACAGCGAUCAUUUUCAUUGCCAUUGCUGAAUGCGGAGCGAUCGCAUACCUCUACGGAUUGGGCAAGUUUUGUGACGACAUCGAAUUCAUGCUAAACGUUCGUCCAGGGUGGUACUGGAAAUUUACGUGGGCGUUUUGCGCUCCUUGCAUCCUGCUGUUCAUCUUCGUGCUUGCUCUGAUCGAACACAAACCAUUGAAAUACGAGGAUUAUGACUAUCCUGACUGGGCAGACGCAGUUGGAUGGGGCUUGACGUUGAUAUCUGUCAUAAACAUCCCCCUGUGGGCCAUAGUGACGGUCAUUCGCAUGCCGGGAGAGAACUUCAGAGAGUUAAACGAUAUUGCUGACGGUCAUGCGCUUUACAACUUUCGUUGGUCCGGAAAUCUUUCGAUCUGUUGGUUCACCGAAGCAGCGAUGAAAGUCGCCGAGAUGAAGAAAAUAUCCCAAACAUGGUGUCUGUUCAAAUUAGCUCUCGUAGGAUUUCGUCAAGUUUCUUGA